UUUUUUACUUGGUCUUUCAGACGAGUGUGUGCAUCUGAAUGUAGGUAACACGCUGUUUUGCGUCCAAUGAUAUGAAAAGAAAACAAACGAGGGGGGUUAAUCAUUUACGCAGCCACUUAACACACGGAUGUGUAUUUAUUUACUUAUCAGUAUCAGUCAAUUUCCCUCCCCGCAAGUGCACUUUUGCAUGUCUGAGUACGAUAAGGCAUAAUACAAACAAUCCUGCAAUCACUGGAGGCCUCUCAUGGCCAUUAAAAGUCAGUAGUUCAACUGAGGAGUGGUUAUCCAACUCUCAAGUCCAUAUAGGCCUCCUUUCAUCAAGAGGCCCUCGUAAACAUCACUACAGUUAAUAAAGUGUAUUGUGGUCAGUGCAGUCCCAAGGUGCAGCGCUGUGUUUAUCAGCAACAAGUCACAAACUCCAAACGCAGCAGCUGUGGCGAGCCCGGACAGCGCGUGCAGCCGCCGGGACGAACAUUUAUGAUCAUGUACAGCGCUUAUGUUAUUGUUAGUGGGAGGGGAGCACAUGUCUUGUAAAUGAAAUCACGCUCGGCGAGAAGAGGCUCGAGCUGUUGUGUAUUGUUGCCGAUGCCCCGCCUCUGAUGGUAGCCUUAAACCUGGCACCCAGCUAAAACAAACCAAAGCCAGCACCGAGCUCCCACUCAAUCCAAUUAAGGCGGACUUGAGGCGCUCUCCUACGUGUUCAUCUACCAGGAUCGACGUUGAGACAACAGGAACCAGAGGGGCUUUGGCCAAAAAAAAAAAAAAAAAAAAGAGAGAAGGAGAGAUUGCCUUGCCUUCUAAUUUCUCCCUCUCCAGCCCCAGAACAAUGUCGAUGAGCCCUAAGCAUACGACUCCUUUUUCUGUUUCCGAUAUCUUGAGUCCCCUUGAGGAGAGCUUUAAGAAAGUAAGUAUGGAGAAUAACAACUUGGGGGCACCUCUCACUUCGUACCGGCAGCCGCAGGUCUCUCAGGCGGCGAUGCAGCAGCACCACAUGGGCCAUAAUGGGACUGUGUCUGCGGCUUACCACAUGACUGCGGCAGGUGUUUCUCAGCUGUCACACACGGCCAUGGGGGGCUACUGUAACGGCAACCUGGGCAACAUGGGCGACCUGCCGUCGUACCAGGACGGCAUGAGGGGCAGCACCACGGCCACCGGCUGGUACGGAGCCAACCCAGACCCGCGCUUCUCCACCAUCUCUCGCUUCAUGGGCUCGUCGUCUGGCAUGAACAUGGGCGGCAUGGGCAGCCUCAGCUCCCUGGCAGACGUGGGUAAAGGCAUGGGCUCUCUGUCCAGCACCCCGAGGAGAAAAAGGCGAGUGCUGUUCUCUCAGGCGCAGGUCUACGAGCUGGAAAGACGCUUCAAGCAGCAGAAAUACCUGUCGGCGCCGGAGAGGGAACACCUGGCAAGUAUGAUCCAUCUCACCCCGACCCAGGUGAAAAUCUGGUUUCAGAAUCACCGGUACAAGAUGAAGAGGCAGGCUAAAGACAAAGUGUCCCAGCAGCAGAUGCAGCAGGACACCGGCUCUUGCCAGCAGCAGCAGUCCCCGCGGAGGGUGGCCGUGCCGGUGCUGGUGAAGGACGGGAAGCCGUGCCAAGGCAGCGGCCACACACCCACAUCCUCCGCACAGCAAGGGGGCAACGUUAUGAUCAUGUCCAACAAUACGUCCGGCCUCGGGCAGCAUCAGAGCCAGCAGGUGGGAAGCACAGGUCACUCUCCAGAUCUGGCGCCGCACUCCUCCAGUCCACCGUCCAUGCAGAGCCAAGUGACCGGCCUCUCUCACCUCAAUUCCCCCGGCGCAGAGUACGGCUCGGCCCUGCAGUGUUCAGCCCUGUUAUACGGCAGGACGUGGUGACAGGAGACGCAGGCUAUGAUUUAAAACCGAUUCUUCAAUUUAAAGAAAAAAAAAAGACACAUUUUUUUUUUCUUCUUUCAAGACUCGACAAGUUCCACUGUAAAUGUGCGCAUCUGAACAAGAGCCGAGUGAAAUUGGCGCAGCUCUUCUUGAAUUUUCCCCUUUUGGAAGGAAGUGUGACUGUGGAUGGAAAUAGGGGGAAAACACUUUUGACCAGAAACUGCGGAAGUCUUGGGAUUUAUUUAUGUAUAUUAUAUUGAGACAAAAGAAGACUCAGUAGUCAUAUAAGCCGCAGUAGUUUGGGGAAAAAAGAGAGAAGCUGAACAGGGAAACUGCUGUGUAUGGGUGCUGUUAAAUUCCCCGUCAGAAACACACAUGACACUGAUUUAUAAUAGAAUUUAAUGUAAGCCGUAGAUCUAGCUUGUAUAUUUCUGUAAAAGGUUUGGAUUUUAGCUAUCUGUUGUACAAAGUUUUUGACGCUGGCCUAUUGCCGGUUUGUUGUCGUUUCAUUGGUAUUUGUACGUUUAAUUUCUUUGUAACUUAUAUAGAUAUUUGACUUACUACAAAACGGU